AUGUCGCUGACGCACGCGGUCGCGAACGCCGCCGCCGCCGCCGCCGCCGGUGCAGGCAAGAAGGCGGCCCAGGUGCAGCUGCAGGCCGAGCUGGCGACGGACGACGAGUGGAACAAGUUCCUGCAAAGGGACGGACUGCUCGUGGUCGAUGUAUAUUCGGAAUGGUGUGGACCUUGUCUGGGUAUGGUAGGGAACCUGAAGAAGAUCAAAGUUGAAAUUGGAGGUGACAACCUACACCUCGCGGUGGCGAAGACGGACACAAUUGAGUGCUUGAAGAGGUUCAGGCACCGCAGUGAACCUACCUGGAUGUUUUUGGCGGCUGGGCAGCUGGUUAACGUGGUGUUCGGAGCUGACGCCCCUCGCCUGGCGAGGACUAUCGAGGAGGAGCUGCGAAAUGAGGAGUUGGCUAAGAAGGGCGAGAGGGAGCGCCCGAAAAGAGCACCCCACGAGCUGACGCCACCGGAACAGGAGGUUGCUGACCGGCGGGAGAAUUUGGAAGCAGAGCGCAGGGCGCGCGAAGCGGCGGCCAGGACAGCUGCAAGACUGGCCCGGAGGGAGGCGCGCGCGGUUCAGCUGGAGACGCACUUCGGGGACGUGUGCGCGGCGCUGAUGAUGCCCCACGCGCAGAAACACCUCAGGAGGGUGGCGGAGGCACUGGAGCCGCACGGUAUAACGGUGGCAGACAAGUGUCCUUUGGUGCUGGGUAAGCAAGGGGCCAGGAUCUUGGCGGCGGAAGACGAGGAGAUGAGCUCGGAGGCGACCGCUGCUGCGGUCUCGGAGCGUCCGGCGCUAGCUCUGCUGCUAAAGAAGCUGCCAGAGAAGGAAGGGGACGUUAUCGAGCUAGCACGUCGCGCUUUGUACGGCGACGGCGUAGAGGUACAAGAUGGGGGGGCACCGAAGAAGUUUCUCUCGCAGGAGCUCCGUGCGGACGACAUACCCGGAAUAUACGUCCCGAAAGAUCGUCACCAAAGAGCCGCUGUUCUGGACUUGCUGUUCCCGAAGAUGGUGGGCGCGGCGGUGCCGCCGGCGGCGAUAGCGGAGCCCCCUCACCUGGCGCUGGUGUUCGGCGCGUGGCAAAGGCGCGCCGUGUUGGCGGUGGCAGAGCAUCACUGUGCCACGCGCCUGCUCCGCUACGGCUUCUUCGCGGACGCCGACGUCAACGCGCCCAGGCUACUCUGCAAGACGAUCGAGCAGUACGAGGACCGACCGGAGAAGGACUACUGCGAAACAAUAGUGCUGAUGGUGGCGGUUGGAGUGGCGGAGCCGGCUCUGGCGGACCCCGCGGUGCCGGUGCCGGACGGGCCACCGGAGGAGCUGGUGACCUUGGGGCCCCUCCACAUGAGCGAGGACACGGUGGCCGGCGAGGGGGAGUGCGCCCGCUUCUUCCCGCCGGGCUACAGCGAGCCAGAGCCCAGGCCCAAGUCGAAGGCCAGGAAAAAGAAGAAGAAGCGUCAGGAAACGAAGGACGACUUGGAAGAAGGCGGUGGGGGCGGUGAAGAGGGGGCCGCCGGAGUGGAGGAAGAAGUAAAUGGAGAUGUUAACGGCAGCACGGAGAUAGACGAGGAAGUGGACGGAGGAGGGGAAGGGGACGGGGAGGAAGGGGGGGAUGAAGUGGAAGAAGCGGAAGACGAGACCCUCGUGGCAGACAAAGCGACCUCGCCGCCGCCAGCC